AUGGCGGAUGCCGAUCGGCACUACAUGUGCUUAUUGUUUAUAUCCACAACCUGUCUGUUAACACUGGUGUCGGCGGCAGAAGUAGGCGCACCGAAAGUUCAAGUGAUCACUAAAGAUGCAUUGGGAACGGAAGCACGCUAUGACAAGUCCGGUACACUUAUCAUCUUGUCACAAACACCCACCACACUUCGGCUGUUUGGUACCAAUUUUACGAACUCGACAACGAUCGCGUUCACGGCUAAAAACGCAAGUUUAGGGACGGAAUGCAGCAACCUAGGUAUCACCGAAGAGAUAGUUUCUCUGACCGAGUAUGACUCGACCAGUACUGCUCGGUUCACUGUCAAACUGAGAGAAUUAGCCAAAGGACAGAAAUAUUUCUACCUUUGCGUUAAGGAUUCAUCCGGUACUGAUGAUUGGGUUCACCAAGGUGACUGGCCCUGGGUGAGGAUAAAAACGGAGCGACCCUUGGAGGAGACCACACUAAUGCCACUCUGGCUUCAAAUUAUCAUCAUUGGAAUAUUACUGUGCUUGUCAGGGUUGUUUAGUGGCCUUAAUCUCGGCCUUAUGUCUCUUGACAAAACUGAGUUAAAAAUUAUUGAAAACUGUGGUUCUUCAAGUGAAAAGAAAUACGCAAAGUUAAUAUCUCCAGUUAGACAGCGAGGCAACUUUCUUCUCUGCACACUUCUGCUCGGCAAUGUCCUCGUGAACAAUACAUUAACAAUUUUGCUUGACGACUUGACUAAUGGCCUCUUUGCUAUCAUAGGUUCAACCAUGGCAAUUGUCAUUUUUGGAGAAAUUGUUCCCCAGGCUAUCUGUUCCCGACAUGGACUAGCAGUAGGGGCCAAAACCAUUUGGAUCACACGUCUUUUCAUGGUAUUGACAUUUGUCCUUUCAUUUCCCAUCAGUUUGAUUCUGGAUAAAAUUCUAGGGGAAGAAAUUGGCCAGGUGUACAACCGUGAAAAGCUUCAAGAGCUUAUACGGGUGACACGAGACUUGAACGACUUAGAGAAUGAUGAAAUGAACAUCAUAUCAGGGGCGUUAGAACUUAGCAAAAAGACUGUCAAGGAUGUCAUGACAAAAAUCGAGGAUGUUUUCAUGAUGGAGCAUGAUGCCAUGUUGGACUUUGAAGCUGUGUCAAAUAUCAUGAAAAGUGGAUUCACUCGAAUUCCAGUGUAUCAAGGAGACAGGACUAACAUAGUUGCUUUGUUGAACAUGAAAGAUUUGGCCUUCGUUGAUCCUGAUGACAAAAUUCCGCUGAAAACAGUCUGUAGAUUUUAUAAUCGUAGAUUGGAGUGGGUGUUUGAAGACCAGAAACUUGGGUCAAUGCUGCAAGACUUCAGACAGGGUCGGUCCCACAUGGCCAUUGUACAACGGGUUAACAAUGAGGGGGAAGGGGACCCAUUCUAUGAGACCGUUGGCUUGGUUACUCUGGAGGAUGUCAUUGAGGAAAUUAUCCAAUCAGAGAUCUUGGAUGAGACCGAUGUUAUUUCCGACAACCGACGUAAAGUGCCGCGCAUGCUGGAGAAGCAAGACUUCAGCAUGUUUAACCGUCAAGACGAGCAUCACUUGGUGCGACUCUCCCCACAGCUGGCUUUGGCCGCCUUCCAGUUCCUCUCCACAGCGGUAGAGCCAUUCAAGCCUGACCUGAUCGCUGAGCGUGUUCUGAGGAAGCUGUUUGAACAGAACAUUGUGGUGAACCUGAGGCUGAAGGAAGCGGAUGCUGUCACAAACUACCUGUACAGAGAGGGUGUGGCUUGCGAUUAUUUUGUCCUCAUUCUGGAAGGUCAUGUGGAAGUGUCAGUGGGGCGGGAACAUUUGGUCUUUGAUGGAGGACCAUUUACAUUCUAUGGACUGAGAGCUUUACUGUCAAUAAAGGAGACUGUGUUCACAUCCAAGUCUGCAGAUGUUGCUCACACUAAGUUUGAACCCUUCAUACCAGACUACAGCCUCAAAGCAGUGUGCGACUUGCAGUUUCUUAAGAUCACCAGGGCACAUUACAUUGCUGCACGUCGUGCAACCAUACUGGGGCAGAGCAAGCAUCAUAAUACAGUACCUGAAGAGGCGUUUGCUAAAGAGCUGAAGAAACUCAAGUCUGAGUCUGAUAAUAAUGAGAAGGGAAAGAGCCAUGAAAAGAAACGAACUGAAAGUAUUGCCUCUCAGAAGUCCACUAGCAGCGCGGGACCCGUUAUUAUGUCAGAUGGCCAGCCAGCCGUGGAAGUGGGUCCUGCUGUGGUUAGUUUAGAAGACAGAAGGGGGUCCAUUGGGAGCCCCAGCAAACUCAGUCAGAAGAGUCUGGCAUCUCUUAAGGAUGCUAUAUGUAACACAACAGAUGCGUUGGUUCCACCUAUUCCUGAUGCUUUCACAGAAAUUAACGAGAAGACAGGUGAGGCAACGACAGAGCAAACCAGCUUGAUUGAGGCCCCCAAAGCUGUACCUGAAGACAUAGGGUUCAUGGGCUUGGCCAAUGAGGAGUCAGAUAACAGCCAACCAGCAGAUGAGAAAACCCUUCUGGUUGGCGACAAAGGUAGCAAAGAGGAUUGUAGUGCAGAUGAUGGCAAGUUAUAGCAUACAUUUCCUGCUCUGUUGUGAAGCUGAGCACUUAUAAUCACUAUACACAUGUAAAUGGAUGAUUGUAGAGAGUUUGUAGACCAAAUAGUUUGUUGUAAGUAUGUACAUAAAUGUAGCUAUAAGUAAAAAAACAAUGUAAAAUUAUCUUCAUUUUUUGUGCUUGGCAACCUGGAACAUGAAAAUCUGUCAUAAUAGUUUUGUAAAUGGUGGUGUUCAGUAAUUGUAUCUCUCGUAAACAGGGGUCAGUAGUGAAAAGUUUGACGAAGAAAAAUGACCAUGUCAAAACAUAUUUAAAUAAUGUCAUGAAUGAUUAUUGUGGUAAACAGCCUUACCCCACCUUACCCCACUCUUUUGAGAAUAGUUUGUCCAAAAGAUUGGAUUGGACACUGUUGACAGAAUGUCCUAUUGUUUGUAUAGGGUAGACCAGAACUGUGUAUGUAUACAUCUACACUAUACAUUAUCCCUUUGUGUUGCCUGGCUAGCUUGUGACCAUUUAUUUUACGUUGAUGUGGAGAUGAGUUUAUCCCUUGUUACUCAAGCAUAAAACUGAUUGAGGUGUACAUAUACUUUGUACUUUAUGUUAAUAAUUGUUGUCGUAAGAUUUGCUUUUACAAACUGCUGAACAUCUUUCAUCUUGCUUUGAUAGUACAUUGAACAUCUUCAAGUAAUGUGCAUGUGAACACAUGUCGGCGUGGCAAAGCGGAAAUUUUUCUUUUAGUAAAUACAUGUACCUAAACAUUAUGCAAAUGACUAGAAGGCGUAUACUAUGCUGGGAUGUCUCAGUCUGGGUUGUUUAGGCUAGAAAUUUUAAUACAUACGUAUACAUGUACCUUAACAAGAAAUUGUUAAUCUGAUGUGGAAAACCAUUCGGACAGACGACUUUGGUGUGAUUUUUUUAGGACAUGCACAUAGACAUGCCUGUUGAGAGCCUUGAAUGCAAUAACUCAAGUGCGUAAGAAGCAUAGAUGAAUGUUGUGGUUUGUUUAUAGAUUCUGACUUCUGUUAGUUCCUUUGUGAGUACUGCCUUUUAUGUUUUGACCUCUGUCAUUUCCACUUGUUUGGUCAAAUGGAUGGGCUCUGCCCCAUUGCAUGCUGUUAUUUGGUUUGAAGAUUGCUGCCAACUGGCUUAAGCCUGAAUAAUGAAUGCUUUACUCAGGUACUUGGAAGUUCCUUGUCUAAGUUCAGGUCAGAAUCCAGAUCUCAUUUCUGUUCUAUCUGGAAAUGAAGAAAAUUUCCAAGAAGUUCCAAGAAGGUUCUGCCUUUUCUGGCGUUUAUCUGUCUGUGAGGUUGUGUGCCGUCUGUCAGCAACUUCAGAUCACAGACAAAGUUAACCAGGGAACUGGAUGAAAUUUUGUGCACGGGUUAUCCAGGGGCUGUGAACUAAUCCAUGGAACUUGGGUGGUAAUUUGGAGUAAGAUUCUUAUCUUGGGACAAAUUUUCUUCAUUUCCAGAUAGAACAGAAAUCCGGUCUGGAUUCUGACCUGAACUUAGACAGGGAACUUCCAAGUUUCACAUCUUUACUCAAGAGUUUUUUAUUCUUCAGGUUAUUGGUUAAUCUUACUGACAACUUCAACAUUUUAUCUUCUCACUUCAGCAUGUUAGAUGCAUGUUUCCGUUAUUCCCAUUUUAGAAUUUCCAUUCACUUCAGUACAGUCAUACAAGCUUCAGCUGUCAAAUUGUUAUUCUUAUUAGUCUAUAGAAAACCAUAUUGCCAAACCCAGUAUUUCGAGAAAGUGGAAUUCCUUUUCAACAUGUUGUUGCAAGGCUUAAGAUUUUAAAUUUAUGAUCAUGCGGGGUUUGUUAUAUGAUGUUAAAAAGAAGUUAAAAUCCAUGAAUGCUAGAAAGUGUACUUGUGUAAGUGUCAAAGAAACUCAGAUGUGUGAAGAUUGUGAGAUUUUUAUUGUAAAUCAAGCUUGUAAAAUCCAUAAAUUUGAUAACUGAUUAUCUUGAAGGCCCCCAAUCAUGUUAGUUGUUUUAGUGAUUGUAGCAUACACCAUGUAGGUGACCACUAUCCUGAAUCACAGAGGUGCACAUGUAGCACAAGUGCCCAUUAUCCGGAAUCACAGAGGUGUGCACAUGUAGCACAAGUGACCACUAUCCUUAAUCACACAGAGGUGUACAUGUAGCCCAAGCGAGUACUAACCUGAGUCAUAGAAGUGUGUAUGUAACACACUGAAACACUUCUAAUCUGUUCAGGCAACAGUUUUGCCCUCUUUUGGAAACUUGGUUGACUUGAAUGAUUUCUCAUUCUCAUGAGAAUGAAAAGCAGUGCUUCCAUUAAACAUGUUUGUUUAUUUGAUAAAUUGAGCAAAUAAUCAGUAAGCCUGUUUCAUAUCCAUGUAGUGAGCAACAUUUAACUGCUGAUCUUGCCAAAGUUGGUUUAUAUUACCCAUUCUAGUAAGAAACAGAAGUAGCAGUAGCAUAUUGUUUCCAGAAUAUGUGUCGGUAAAACAUAUGGCAGAAUGUGAGCAGUCAACAUACAUAGGCUUCAAAUCAGUCCAAUGCAUUCACACUUUUUGGUGUUAAUUCCAGGUAAAUGUGUAAAUUGAUUUGCUAAGUAUUGUUAACUAAAAUAGCUAUUUCAUCUGUUUGAGCUGCUAUUAAAAUAGAGGUGAGGACAUUUUUAUUGUGAAAGGAAAAUUAACCAAUAAUUGGAUUACUUGAAUUUAGCUGAAGGGUUUUGAAGACAUUGAAAGUUCUUCAAAAAAUGGUUUGGUUUGUGACUCAUCUUCGAAGAACUUUUUCUGUGUUAAAUUACAGUGUUGCACAAUGUUCAAACUGAACUGAUAAAUAAAGCACCCCAAAUGUAUUUCUUAAUCUAUCUCUAUUUGAAGAUUAGUGGUUGAACUGAACAGUCCUUUAAAGUGAUGAAAAACAUGGAAUAUUAAGUCCUCGAAAGCCCAGGGAAAUGUUUUCCUUUCAUGGUGAUAACCAUGCAGGCCCCAAAGAGGAUAUUGCUUCACCAGCAAAAAGAGCUUUCAAGCUCCUAUUGUAAUGUGCUCCUAUCUUCAGACUUGUGUAGCUGAGUAAAUAACAAAAGUCAAACAAAACCACAAGGAUGCAUUGAUACACCUUCUUCUGCACACAGUCUAAUGCUUUACUAUAUUUUCCUAAAGUUUGGUAUGUGAAAAAAAGCACUUUCAGAAACACAUAAAGGCCUAAAAAUGAUGAUGUUGAUGGCAAUGUUUUUCUGAUAAGCAGUUAAUGACACUUCACUGAAAACUUAUUCGUGGCCCAAUAAGGAUGAGUCGGCAUAAAGCAAAAUGUGUCGCUUGAAAAAUGCUAAGCUUAAAGACAGCAGUUCAUCUUGUGAACUAUAAUUGCUGAAGAAGUGCUAAGCUUAAAUACAAAAGUUCAUCUAGUGAAUUGUUAUUGCUGAACACAAUCUACAUGUGUGGUGUAAUAAAUGAAAGAUGUUACUAAUACUACAAGUAUUAAAAGAUAAAUGGAAGUUUUGCAGUUGGUGAUCACUGUUCACCACAUUUACUGAUAUAUAUAUAUAUAUAUAUAUGUACAUGCACUGCACUCUUAGGUAUACUCUCCCAGGCAUCUAGCAUCCCAUUAAUACUGCUUGGUAUAAAUAGAUGGACUCUCUCUUCCCAACCCCAGUAAGAAGAAGAAUCUUGCCAGAUUAUGUGUGUAGUGCUCAAUAUAAGAACUCAUUUUGAUUUAUUUGUUAAUUGUCUAAAUGCUCAAAACUUUGUUGUUGUUUUUUUUACAUGUUUUUUUUUCUUUGAUAAAAUUCAUCAUUGUGUUAUCACAAUCCAAGUAAACUAACCAAAGGUGAACACCUAUUGUCUGUUGUGUCUGUGUCUAGCUCCUGCUAACCAAGUGAGUUAUUGACCUAUGAAAAUAUGAUUUAUGACCUAAUUUGUUGUUUUGAUUAGCCAUCAAUUACAGUUAACCUUUUUGGAGUUUUGUAUGCCACAGUUGUCAUUUGUAUGAAUAGAUAUCUUUGCUUGCUUAGAUUAACGCCAUAUAGACUGUACCUUUGACUUAUCUAUAAGACUCAUUAUACUUCCUCAAUUUAUCAAGGCUUAUGUGCCACUUGUAUAUUUUUUCUAGGUUCAUUGAUGUUUUCUUUGUUUUGUUUUUUAAUAUAUUAACUUUAGUGUAGGUUUUCAUUACCUGACAUUUCGAUAUUACCAUGUAUGAAUCUUCAAGUCAUUGAAGAUGUUAACCUCAAAACCAUUUAACUUGGCAGUACUUCAAGACAAAAGUGCCAGAAGACAUGGUUAAUUGUUGUUCAAUGUUCUAAUUUGGUUCAUGUCUUUAGUUUUUUUUUACAUAGGUUCUUUAUUGUGUAUACGGUAUAUACCGUAGCCAUGGCUUCAGGUUAUGGAGGAUGAGACACCUAAUUGUCUUCACAUUUUGUUCGCAAAAUGUUAAGGUACCGAAUUUAUAUACCCACCUCUGAUGAUAUCGUUCCAAGAAAAGAUAGACACUUCACCCAUUCAUUUGUAUUUGUCAAAAGCAGAGAACACAGACAACGUCAGGGCGGCUUGUUACAGAUAUGCCUUACUCCUUAUGACUACGAACAUUAAAUCGGCAUUUUUUUCUUAAUGAUUAACUGUACACUGAUUAUGAUGAUGUACUCAGUAUUAGAAUUGUGUAUGUAGUCAUGUGUUGAACUACAUUUGUUCAUAUUAUCUCCACACCAUAUUAAAGCAUUUCCAUAUCUAACUUGGUAUAGACCUACUGCAUGGUUUACAAGGCCUGCUCUGAGUUCUCAUCAAGUUUUACCGCUAAAGACCAUACAUGAAUAUCACAGGUGCUUUUGUGUCAGAAAGCUGAAUUAAUCCAUUAAGCAUGUAAUUUAUGGUAAUAUCAUCAUAUCCAUAAGUCGGGUUUUCAGCCUUUCUUGCAUCCGUCUAGAGAUUGAAUUCUUGGAAUUGGAGAUAAGAAUCUAAUCCAACGCUGAGAUUGUUAACUUAGAGCAUUUCUGUGACAGAAAAGGUAAAAAAUCUCCCCAUACGCUUAAGCGUGUGACUUACUCUCUUGCUUUCAGUGUAUCGCUCCUCAUUUAUGAAGGACAGAAUUUGGGCGUUUAGUUUCGUUAAAUUUAUAGCACCGAAUCAUAUCAUUUACAAGGGUCUUUUCAGAGAUAUCCUUGGCUAGUUUGCGUAAUACAGCAUUAACUCAUCACGGAAGGAGGCCAGUAAUAGCGUGCUAGCGCAGCACAAUGACCCAGAGGCCUGUCAACAAUGUGACCGCUGUGAGUUCAAGCCUAACUCAUUCUAACUUCCUCUCCGGUCAUACGUGGAAAGGUCUGCUUAGAGUGCGGCGUAAAAUUCUAAUCAAACAAACAAAUCUUCAGGAAAGGUCUUCCGGCUACAUGUACAUUGCAUUGAUGCUACGUAAUGAGUGCAGUUUUUAUUUUGCUGCUUGUCAAAAAAAUUCCAUGUUAUAUUUGGAAUAAAAUUAUAAGUUGCCGCCGCCGUCGUCAUAUGACUGAAAUAUGGUCAAGUUAGACGUAAAACCUCAGGAUGUAGGAGUUGAUGAUGAUUGGGCUAGGUGUGGAUAUAUUUAAAAAUAUGUUCCCCCGAGCCCGGUUUCCACCCACGAUAAUGCUGGCCGCCGUCGUAUAAGUGAAAUAUUCUUGAGUACAACAUAAAACACCAAUCAAAUAAAUAAAUUUAAAAAUAUGUAAACUGGAAUGAAAAAUGGGAUACCACACAUGUAUAUCAUAUUAUAGGUCAAUUUUGCACUGCU